AACAAACACUGCUUUAACUUUCAUAUAUAAUAUUUAGUUAGACCUUAGCCAACAAUUACAUUCACAAAUUCCACAAUAGUAUCCAAAACAAUAACUCAUCCACAGUAAUAGCCAUUACUUCAAUACAACCUUCGAAAUGGAGACAACCAGUGAAAGGAAAACCCAAAUUAUGGAGAAGCGAAAGCUCAUGGGCGACAAGAGGAUGAGCAUGGGAAUGAAGUCAUUCUAUGCCUCGGUAAUAGGAAGCAUUUUCCGGAUGAGCGAUGAGCAGCGAAACUCGUUUUCAGCCAUGUUUAGGCGCCACAAGGCUGACGCACAAUAUGUUGACGCUACCUACGUUGAUAAUCCCAUAGAGGAGUACGAGCCCAUUUAUCAAACCGUCUUCGAUGACGACAGGGAUCCCGUGCAUGAGCCCACAUUCUCCAAACACCGCAUACCCCUUCAGAUACGUUGUCUGGAGCGCUACCACAAUUCGAAGCGGGAGUACGCCAAGCAGUUCAAGCGGGAGAUCCAGCUCCUAAUUGACAACCAGUCCACGGCGGAGGAUGCCUGGCAAUUCGUAAGAACCAUGGCUUAUACCACACUUUGGCCGCCGCUGCACACAAGAAAAGAACUCAAGAUUUUUGAAAAGGACUUUUGCAAGCUUACGCCCAAAGAGCAGAAACGCUACAAUAAAAUAAUGGCGACCAAUUUUUCUUAAAGUCUUUAAGAUUUAAUAUCUAAAAUUUUAUAAUUUAAAAAAAAAUACAAAAUAAUAAAAGCAA